AGGAGAGGAUUAUCAAGGGCUCCAAAGCAAGAGCCUUUCUGCAAGCUUCUUCUUGAGUUUAUAUCAAUGCCAAAGAAUAAAAAAACAGAAUGGCAAGUAGGAGAUCCUGCAAUAAGCAUAGUGAGUGAUCAAUUCUGCAAUCCAUACACAAUGGAUCUAAUGGUGAAGAGGAAAGUUCAGAAUCUCUCAAAAGACCAUUACCAAGUGUUUGAUCCAAGUGGGAAUCUCCUCCUUCAAAUUGAUGGACAAGCUUUUGGGUUUAACCGUAAAAGGGUUAUGCGUGAUCCUGCUGGUUUUACAGUCCUCACAAUGCGUCAAAAGGGAAUUACGUUGAAGAAUAAAUGGGAGGUGCAUGGAGGAGAGAGCAAAGAGAAAGAAGACUUGUUAUUCACGGCACAACAAUCUUUAGCGAUGUCAUUGAAAACAUCUCUGGAUGUUUUCUUGGCUGAAAAUAAUAAUGUCAAGAAGAGCAAUACUUGUGAUUUUCAUGCUUCUGGUGGAUACUCAAAUAUAUCAUUCAAAGUUUUCAAAUCAGAUGCUCUCAUUGCUGGGGUGACGCAUAAGUUCACAUGGGGAAGUUUCUGCAAAGGGAAAUAUAAUUUUAGGGUGAGGGUGAAUCCAGAGGUGGAUUAUGCUUUUAUCAUUGCUUUGCUUGUUAUGGUUGAUGACAAUGAGAAUUGGUGUUAGACUAUCUUCUUAUGUUUGGUUUCCUUCACAAGUUCUUGGUGUAUGUGUUUCUUUGAUUCAAGAUGUAUGUAAGAACAUUCUCAAUGUAACUUCUAUGCGCUAAAUGCUUGUCAGAACUUAAAAGUGGCGAUAACGUGACAUACAUUGUUCGGUCGAAUCACAUACCUUUUCACACACACAAAGGUAUUGUGAAAGUGUAAUCGCAGCAAAGAUGAAAAUUUAUUUGAAUUUUCAUGUAAACAAUCUUUUAUUAGAUGUACACAAAUCAAAUCUCCAAAUAGUUGAGAAGUUCACAUAGAUGAAGUAAUGAGAGACGUAACAAACAUAGUCGUGAUAUCAAACAAACAUAGUUUUGACCAAACCUCUUAAGAAACCUUAAAUCUCAUAAACCAGACACAAUGAAGGGUCGAACAUGAAGAAGUAGCACGAACACAAAUGAUGAGUACACACCAGCAAAUAACAAAUAAAGACCAAAGCUUCGGAUGGAAAGAGAUAUGUUUAGGUGAGGUCAUCCUCUUCAAGCUCCUUUGCCUUCAGCUUCUCCUUCA